AUGUUAAGAUCGCACUCGCAACCCUCGAUAUCGCAUAAAACACACACGUUCAUAAGCAAUCGUAAUUUACCAAGUUAUAAAUAUGGCUCGCUGAGGAGUAAUAAGUUGUUUAACACCGAGAAGGACCUGGAAAGUGAGGUUCAGGAAUUGUAUUCUGGACUAAAGGAUAAGAAGUGGUCAUUUUCAGACCUGCGAAACAGGUUAACUGAUGAGGGAAUCACUUUGAAGGGCUGUAAUAAGCCUGAUGACGUUAUUAGAAGGGUCGCUCAGCUAUCCCUGCUAGGGAAGAACGAGCUGGAACGCCAUUUGCAGGACAACGACCCCGAUUUUCUGUAUGAGUUCAAUAAUGUCCACGACUCCCUCAAGUCAGAGUAUGAGAACCUGUCCAGUAAGGACCGGAAGGGCUUCAUCAGUUCGUUAGUCAACACACUUAAGAAGUACGACUCGGCCCUUCCAGAAGAUUACAAGGAUGACGAUGUCAUUGAGCUCACCGCCAGGGUCAGGGCCAAGAAUAAAUUUGAGUUUAAACUGCCUCCAAGGUCAAGCAACUUCGGAGCCAACACCGUGGAAGCUUACAUGGAUGAAGCAAAAGCGCUGCUCGAUGCAUACAAAAAGACCAAGGACGAUGAGUUUCUGAAGAAACACUUUGUUGAUGAAGUGAAGGAUGAGUUGAAUGAGCUAAACGUCGGAUAUUCCGAUUGCAAAUCCGAUGAAGAGCUGGUAAAUAGGCUGGCGUACUCGAGAGUCAUGCCGAAAUUGACGAAGAAGCCCAAGCGGAAAAUUGACAGAAGUUCAAAGUUUUUCAAAAACAGCCCCUUUCAGUCUUCGUUCACCGUGAAGGGCGGAGACUUUGGGGACCUAAGAAAACUCUUCGAGGCCGGCGCCGACAACAUUUUCGACUUUGACUUUGGCAACGACUUCUUCGACCCUUUCAACUUCAACGGGCUCUCCAUUUUCAAGGACCUGGCUCCUUUGCUUGGAUUAGAUCCAAACAGACUCUCGCAGCUUCAGUUCGAGUCAUCGGAGCAGGACGCUGACAGUGACACCUACGACUCCCGGCACAAGGAUAAACGGCAUGGCGACGAGGCGCAUGAGCUUCGUGACGACGACAGGGACGCGCACGUGGAAACUGACCCCUCACUCAUCUCGUUGCAGCACAGGGCGGUGGAUACUGGUGAUCCCCGGAUCCAGAAUAUGAUCAACAAGGCCAUAAAGGACCCUACCCUGAGAUCAGUUUUACUUACCGCUACUACCAAGGGCUACGAACAGGCCAGGGAGAUUUGGAACGGGAACGUGAAGGCUAUGUACAUUUUAGAAAAGUUAAACGAAAAGCACAUUUUGUCCUAA